UCAAAAUCGUGCAAUUGUUCAAUAUUCGUGGAAAUUUUAAUUGAAUUUAAUUUAUAAAUUAGCUUGAUACGAAAGAUGAUUUCAUUACUUUUGAUUGUGUUUGCGGUGACGACAAUUGUGGUGAAAUAUUUUAUGCACAUGAGUCGAAUGGAAAGCUAUGUGAAACACUUGGGUAUUAAAGGUCUUUUGAUUCCAUUCAUUGGCAAUGUCCAUGUGCUGUUGGGAAAAUCGUCGCAGUAUCUAUUCAAAGAAGUGGCUAGAACGACACUAGAGAUCGGUACACCUAUGAAAGCUUAUGUCGGACCUCUUUUGUUUGUGAUCAUUGAUAAUCCUUCAGAUUUGAAAAUAAUCCUAACAUCACCACACACACUUGACAAGCCAUACGUGUACAAAUAUAUGCCUAAUGGCAACGGGAUUCUUGUUGAAACAUCGGCACAUCUGUGGAAACCAAUUCGAAAGCUGAUGAAUCCAGCGUUUGGCAUGAAGGUUCUUCAGUCAUCGAUGCAUAUUUUCAAUGCAGAAACAAGCAACUGGAUGAAAUGUUUGAGUUUAAAUGUUGGAAAAUCAGAAUUUGAUGUGUUUCCAAUUACGAAUAAGCACACGAUGAGAAUGAUGUGCGGCACUACAAUGGGUAUCGACAGCAUGAGCCAUGAUGACGUAAGUCAGUUUCUAUACAGCAUGGAAACUGUCUUCGAAACUGUUAUAAAACGUUUUCUCUUGGUUUGGACGCAGCCAGACUUCAUAUAUCGUUGGACGUCCCUUUAUCAAACAGAGAAGAAACACUAUGAUAUUAUAAAAAACUUCACCGAUAAAGUGUUCGAUGAGAAAAAAGCCGAUUAUUUUAGAAAAGCGUGCAAAAAUGAAUCAUCGGAAAAAAUGCCGCUUACAUUAAUCGACCAUUUAUUGGACUCCUAUUUUUCUGGCCGAUGUAGUGAGCGAAUUAUUAAAGAGCAAAUGGAAACUGCAUUAAUGGCCGGCAGUGAUACAACCGCGUACACCGUUUCUUUUGCAAUUCUAAUGCUUGCAAUGCAUCCUGAUGUGCAAGAGAAACUUUUUGAAGAAUUACAUUCUUCGUACGAUGAACAAGAUGAAGAGACGUCAUUCGAACAACUUCAGAAACUACCAUUUUUAGAUUGUUGUAUGAAAGAAACAAUGCGAUUGUUUCCGGUGGCAAGUGUUAUUGGUCGGACCUCAAAUGUUGACAUUCCAAUUAGCAAUUGUACCAUCCCAAAAGAAGCCACCAUUAUUAUGUCGAUUUUUACUUUGCAUCGGAGAAAAGAUGUUUGGGGCGAUGAUGUCAACGAAUUUAAACCAGAACGUUUUUCACCGGAAAACGUCAGCCAGAGACAUCCGUAUGCAUUUCUUCCAUUCAGCUGCGGUCCUCGUAACUGUAUUGGUUAUCUGCAAGCAAUGAUAUUAAUGAAAGUGCUUCUUUCGGCAUGUGUACGAAAUUUUAAAUUGUCGACACAUCUUAAAAUGUCGGAACUUGAGCUGAAAUACGACGUAACACUCAAAUUAAUCAACAAACAUUUGGUUUCGAUGGAAAAACGGGCUUGGUAGAUUAAGAGUGGUGUAAAAACCCAAAUAAAAUUUUAUUGAAAUACA